AUGGCGUCCUACACAGUGGUCGUGGUCCCUCUACGGAGCAGCAUCAACAGCCUGGAUGCCUUGCGAUUCUUCCUCUGGGUGAAGAAACUGCAGGAGCUGGAGAGGGAGAGGGACUCUCUGUGGAUGGGUCUGCAGGCUCUGGAGCAGGCCCGGGCCUGGCUGUGCUAUAAAAUGGAGCAAAACAAGCAACCGUGGGGCCUAAGCCCUGCAGCUCUGUGGGCUCAGUUGCAGGGAGUAAACAGGACACUGCACAGUGUGACGUAUGACCCCCACUUUCCAGCACAGACAGCCCUCAGGAGUCCGAGGAGUCGAGGCACACCAAAUUUCCAAAGCUUGUACAGGAGACACUGUGAUGGACAGUUUUGAUGGACCAAUGACGUCACUGCCAGAUCAACAUAAAAGUGUUAAUUCUUCAUUCUGUUAUCUAAAAUGUUGGUCAUUUUCACUUACAAUCAAAUGUUUGCAGUAAAAUUAUACACCUCCGAUUUAUAAUGGUAGCACUUGUUAAUAUGGAAAU